AUGUUGCUGAAAUCUUUUCUAACGGUGCUUUUAUUUUUAUUUACUUCGGCUGUUGAUCCAUUUGAAAAAUUUGCUGAAUCAACAACACGUCAUACAAAUAAUUGGGCUAUUCUUGUUGAUACAUCUCGUUUUUGGUUCAAUUAUCGACAUCAAGUUGCAUCCUGUAUACCUGAUUCAAAUAUAAUUCUAAUGUUAGCUGAUGAUAUGGCAUGUAAUCCUCGUAAUCCUCGUCCAGCUGAAAUAUUUAAUAAUGUUGCUGAACAAAUUAAUGUUUAUGGUGAUGAUGUUGAAGUUGAUUAUCGUGGUUAUGAUGUUACAGUUGAAAAUUUUGUACGUAUAUUAACCAAUCGUUUACCUGAAGUAACACCUGUAUCAAAACGUUUAUUAUCCGAUGAAAGUUCAAAUAUAUUUAUUUAUAUGACAGGUCAUGGUGGUGAUGGUUUUCUUAAAUUUCAAGAUAAUGAAGAAAUAUCUGCUAUUGAAUUAGCUGAUGUUAUUGAACAAAUGUGGCGUAAAAAACGUUAUCAUGAAUUAUUUUUUGUUGUUGAUACAUGUCAAGCAGCAACAUUAUUUGAAAAAUUUUAUUCACCAAAUAUUUUAGCUGUUGGAUCAUCAAAACGUGGUGAAGAUUCUUUAUCACAUCAUGUUGAUCCUAAAAUAGGUGUUUAUGUUAUUGAUCGUUUUACAUAUUAUGCACUUGAAUUUCUUGAAAAAUUAAAACAAGAUUCACAAAAAACAAUCGAUGAUUUUUUUCAUUGUUGUCCAAAACAUUUAUGUAUAUCUGAAGUAGCAUGGAGAACAGAUUUAUUUACUAAACGUGAUUAUCGUAAAACACUUUUAACAGAUUUUAUUGGUAAUGUUCGACGAACACAAGUUGUUACAUUAGAUAAUCAAUUAUUAGAUAAUAUAUUUAUAAAUAUAAUAAGAAAUCAAUCAUUUGACGAACAAUAUGAAUCAAAACAACAAUAUGCUUAUGUUUCACAAAUGCCAAUUUUAAACUAA